AUGCCGGUCGAAAAUCUCGAAGAUGAAGGUUUGCCUAAAAAUCCUAACCUUGAAUUAACAGCUUGGCGUUUCACCCUUAACAAUCCAGAAGGAAAACAUAAGGAAGAUGCAAAGAAACGGCUUAUGGACGCCAUCAAAGAGAACGGUAUGUCACGAUUGGGCAUUUAAUAUUGCAUUUAAUAUCCGCAACCCCCCGGUUGAGGAACCAUGGAAUUCUCCAGGGGUAAGUUAUAAAAAUUGAGGAUUUCUUUAGGGGUAGAGUAUGCAGUUUUAGGCAAUCUUACGGGGUAAGAAGAAAAGGUAUGUCCUCAACCGUGGGGUACGGAUUUUAAAUGCAAUAGUCCAUUGUUUUGUGCUUUGUCAUCUCGAUCACUCGAUCACAUGUUGAAUGAACACUUCGAUGUCAUGGCAGUAAGAAAUUUUGUUUCUGUUUAUUUGUUAGGCGUCUAGGCAAUCAAGGAAGUUACCAAGGAAAUAAAGAUUUUUUUUUUUUAUUAAUUGAUUAUAACAGGUCUAUCCAAUGCAAGCAUUAUGUGUAGUGACUAAGCUCACAAAAUUUUUCCCUCAUGGGAUCUGACUAAUUUCAGGAAAUAAUUAUAGUAGCUCUGACGCUUGUGCACUCACUGAAGCACUACAUCGAGGAUAUGUCAUCUACACUAUAAAACAACUGAACUUUGCCAUGCAUUGUCUUGCUGACAUCACUCGACUCCAAUAACUUUUCAGUUAGGGCCUAUCCGCCUAGCAGACAAUUAAUUUAGAACUGUCUUUGAAACAUCAAAGCCAAAGAUUAUGUUGUGACAACUUUUAUUUUGAAAAAAAUUCCCCGUGCUGAAAACUCUUAAGAGGCCAUCGCAUCUGUGAUUACUUAAUAAAAAAAGAAUGAUGGCUUUACAACAAAUGAUUGACCAAAAAAAAAUACAUUUUUGUUUACUUAGUCGAUUUUGUCCAGUUUUUACCCUGGACAAUUUUUGUCCUUGGCAAAUUUUCCUGUUUGGGACAAAAUUUGUAAAAUUGCGACAAACUAUCUGCAUUUAAUUUGUUAAUCGUGUUGAUGACCGAAAUUUGUCUAAAUAUACAGCUUUUUCGCUAGUGUGGAUAGGCACUUGGUGGGUGAUAAAAUAAUAAUGUCACUCAUCCAAUAAUUUUCUGUCAUUGGAGAACUGAUGUAAAACUUUGUAAUUUGGUCGGUGCAUUAGUACAUGAUGAAAAAUAAGCUGAGAGAUUGAGGCCAAUUAGUAAUGGACUAUUAUUAUGAAUAAUUACGGAAAAAAAGUUCUGUACAGCUGUAGAUCUUCAGAUGUCAAAUUACAACUCAGAUGUGGGUCUCCAUUUUCUAUAGUCCUUGCCAUCAUCAUUAACAUAAUUUUACAGAGAGGUUUCAAAUUCCAUCACUGAAUCUUUAUAAAUAAUAAUAAUAACUUUAUUUAAAUCUCAAGCUUCUAGCUUAGCACAAGUGCUGAAAGUAAUCGGGGAGACAAAAAAUGGUGGUGGAGUUCACUGUUUGUGACAUGUACAUGUGUGUGAUCUGUGAAUCACGUGACAAAACGUCCCUGUAGAUCACAGGGAGGUCACAACUGGUAUCCCUGUUCAAUGUCAGAGCACAACAAUAAAUUUUGAUGGCUUCCCCCUUCUUUCCUGGAAUUUAAAGCCGCUAUGUUAAAUACAAACUAACUCUUCCUUGGCUAAUAUCAAUAACUUGAUUUUUGUGCAUAUCCUUAAUGUAGACAUGGCACCACUCUAUGAAGAGCUUUGCACAGAGCUUAAAUGGCCUGUUGAUAAACCUUUUCUGGCAAAGAUGCAGGCAAACAAUGAAGAGAAGUUCAAAAAGCUUGAUGAAACCCUCAAAGAUGCCGAGGAAAAUUUAGGAGAGACAGAAAUCAGAGAUGCAUUGUAUGCUAAGGCAGAAUAUCUCUGUCAGAUUGGGGAUAAGGUUUGUACCAAUAAUAGCUUUGAUUUUGUUUCUGUUAGUAGGAUAAAAACCCCUUAUGAUUACUACUUGGGGGUCUCGUCAUCAUUAAUGAGAUGAGUUAAUGCCUUAAGGGUUUUAUUACUCUGUUGUCAGUGAUGAUUAUUUUUAUAUAUUUUAAAAAUGUAUUUUUUUUCCAUUUCCAGGAAAAAGCUCUGACUGUGUUCCGCCUCGCAUAUGAGAAAGCAGUAGCCCUUGGUUACAAGCUGGAUAUCAUAUUUUAUCAAAUUCGCAUUGGCUUGUUUUACCUUGACAAUGACCUUAUCACACGGAACAUAGAUAAAGCCAAGACGUAAGUACAGACUGUCGUACGGUUUCUGACUUGACUAAAGAAAAUCAUCUUAACUCGGAGGCUGUUAGUAUCAAAUGUAUGGACAAUUUUAUCUUUAAUCCCUCCGUUUUAAACUGUUUAUAAUAACAUUUUUUUACAUAACCAAAGUACAUAUAAAUGAUUAUAAGAUUGUAGUUCAUGAGAUUUAUUUGCACACAAUAACUUACAAGAUGAUAAGAUCACCAUAUUUGUCACUUUUGGCUAAUAUUAACUUGUACCAGUAUCUUAGAUUAGCUAAAAUAGUUGUUUAAAAUGAUUGAAAAUAUUUAGGUAUAACUUGUUUUCUAUCAGCCUUAUAGAGGAAGGAGGUGACUGGGAUCGCCGUAACAGACUUAAAGUGUACCAGGGAAUCUACUUUUUAUCCAUCCGCGACUUCAAAUCUGCUGCUAAUAACUUCCUAGACAGUAUAUCAACUUUCACAUCAUAUGAGCUGAUGGAUUACAAGACGUUUGUUACGUAUACUGUACUUGCAAGUAUGAUUGCACUAGAGAGGGUUGACCUAAGACAAAAGGUUGGUUACCAGUCAGCUUCUAAAUAUAUUUAUUUCUCAAUUCUGAAGUUAUGAAAUUUAAUCUUUAUUUCCAGUAUUAUCACAAUAAAGUCUGCUAUAAGUAAAACACCAGAGAUUUCCAAGUCAAAACCUUCCAGUUGGAACCUUUCAUAAAUCUCUCGCAACUGUGGCCCCAUUUUUGGGCUGACAGUUUAAAUAAUUGUCCAUUCUUUUAAACGUCUUGCAAGCAACCACUUGACACAGGAUCUGAUCUCCCUGUUCAUUUUGUGCACUACAACUGUGAUGCUACUUUUAUUUAGAGAAAGAGAAGAGCUAUUAGCAGCAACAUGGAACUUAACAUAUUACAACUUACAUUGCUGUACAAAGAACAGAUACAUGUACAAUGAAAUCUUGUUUCUCAUCUGUACCAGUUUUUUACAAAAGUAUGUAGUUUAAUAGUUUAAUAAAGUUAGUUGUUGAUGUGUGGUAUUAAAACCACUUUCUACUUUGCAAAUGACAAAGAUAUUUCCAUGUUUAGGUUGUGAAUGGUGCUGAAAUAUUAGAGGUUCUUCAUCAGUUGCCAGUUGUAAACCAAUUCCUGACGUCCCUAUACAACUGCCACUAUGCUGAUUUCUUUGUAGCCUUGGGU